CUCUCUCCCCCGCGCCAGCUCCUGUACACGGAGCCGCAUUCCUUGGCCCUCCCACCCCCCCUCCCUCGGGGGCCCCCCCGCCCCCCUCGGGAAAAAAAAUCCACCCCAAAUCACUCGAACCCGAGGGAGGUUUCCUUGCACCCUCAGGGAGACGAGCUAUCAACGGUUCCCUCUUCUCCGUCUCCCCCCAAGCCCCCGUCCCCUCCCCUGCUCCCACCCCCUUCUCCCGGCGCCGAGUGCAGGUCCCUUUAAGGCGACGGCGCCUUCCUCGGGUCAGACUACCGGCGGCGACGACCACGGGAGCAUGGCGGACACCGACCUGUUUAUGGAAUGUGAGGAGGAGGAGCUGGAACCAUGGCAGAAAAUCAGUGAUGUCAUUGAGGAUUCUGUAGUUGAAGAUUAUAAUUCAGUGGAUAAAACUACUACAGUUUCUGUGAGCCAGCAGCCAGUCUCGGCUCCAUUGCCCAUCGCUGCCCAUGCUUCUGUUGCUGGGCACCUCUCUACAUCCACCACCGUUAGUAGCAGCGGGGCACAGAACAGCGACAGUACAAAGAAGACUCUUGUCACACUAAUUGCCAACAACAAUGCUGGCAAUUCUUUGGUACAACAAGGUGGACAACCGCUGAUCCUAACCCAGAAUCCAGCCCCAGGUCUGGGCACAAUGGUUAGUCAACCAGUAUUGAGGCCUGUCCAGGUCAUGCAGAAUGCCAAUCAUGUGACUAGUUCUCCUGUGGCUUCACAACCAAUAUUCAUCACUACCCAGGGAUUUCCUGUAAGAAAUGUCCGGCCUGUACAAAAUGCAAUGAAUCAGGUUGGGAUUGUGCUGAACGUACAGCAAGGCCAAACGGUUAGACCAAUUACACUAGUCCCAGCUCCAGGUACCCAGUUUGUUAAGCCGACAGUUGGAGUCCCACAAGUGUUCUCUCAGAUGACCCCAGUGAGGCCAGGCUCCACAAUGCCUGUGCGGCCCACCACCAACACCUUCACCACUGUCAUCCCAGCCACUCUCACCAUUCGAAGCACCGUCCCACAGUCCCAGUCCCAGCAGACCAAGUCCACUCCCAGCACUUCCACCACUCCUACCGCCACACAGCCAACCUCAUUGGGGCAACUCGCUGUUCAGCCUCCAGGCCAAGCCAACCAGACCUCAAAUCCCAAGCUAGCUCCCUCCUUCCCCUCUCCACCUGCAGUGAGCAUUACCAGCUUUGUCACUGUGAAGCGACCUGGGGUUACAGGUGAAAAUAGCAAUGAAGUGGCCAAACUGGUGAAUACCCUUAACACCAUCCCUUCCCUGGGCCAGAGUCCCGGGCCAGUGGUGGUAUCCAACAACAACUCUUCCCAUGGCUCUCAGAGAACCAGCGGACCUGAGUCUUCAAUGAAAGUGACCUCUUCCAUCCCCACGUUUGAUCUCCAAGAUGGUGGCCGGAAAAUAUGUCCACGGUGUAAUGCUCAAUUCCGUGUAACUGAAGCUUUGAGAGGUCACAUGUGUUACUGUUGCCCAGAAAUGGUUGAAUACCAGAAGAAAGGAAAGUCUCUGGAUUCAGAACCCAGUGUCCCAUCAGCAGCAAAGCCCUCAUCCCCUGAGAAAACAGUUCCUGUUGCUUCCACACCCUCUUCAACACCAAUUCCUACUCUGUCACCACCUACCAAAGUACCAGAGCCAAAUGAGAAUGUGGGUGAUGCUGUUCAGACCAAGCUCAUUAUGCUAGUAGAUGACUUCUACUAUGGACGGGAUGGUGGCAAAGUAGCCCAACUCACAAACUUCCCUAAGGUCGCUACAUCUUUCCGAUGCCCACAUUGUACCAAAAGGCUAAAAAACAACAUCCGAUUCAUGAACCAUAUGAAACACCAUGUAGAACUUGAUCAGCAGAAUGGUGAAGUGGAUGGUCAUACUAUCUGCCAACACUGUUAUCGCCAGUUUUCUACUCCCUUUCAGCUCCAGUGUCACUUGGAAAAUGUUCAUAGUCCUUAUGAAUCAACUACCAAGUGCAAGAUCUGUGAGUGGGCGUUUGAGAGUGAGCCACUAUUUCUGCAGCAUAUGAAGGAUACUCAUAAGCCUGGAGAGAUGCCUUAUGUUUGCCAGGUGUGUCAAUAUCGCUCCUCACUCUACUCUGAGGUAGAUGUUCAUUUUCGGAUGAUCCAUGAGGAUACUCGGCAUCUGCUGUGCCCGUACUGCCUGAAGGUCUUCAAAAAUGGGAACGCAUUCCAACAGCAUUACAUGAGGCACCAGAAGAGGAACGUUUAUCACUGCAACAAAUGCCGGCUGCAGUUUCUCUUUGCGAAGGACAAAAUUGAACACAAGCUUCAGCACCAUAAAACCUUCCGUAAACCCAAACAGCUGGAAGGUUUGAAACCAGGCACCAAGGUGACAAUCCGGGCUUCCCGAGGGCAGCCACGAUCUGUUCCUGUCUCCUCCAAUGAAGCACCUCCCAGCACCUUGCAGGAGGCAGGACCACUGACCUCGUCAACGGACCCUUUACCAGUCUUCCUUUAUCCCCCCAUCCAGCGCAACAUCCAGAAGAGAGCUGUUAGGAAAAUGAGUGUUAUGGGCCGGCAGACGUGUCUGGAGUGCAGCUUUGAGAUCCCAGAUUUCCCAAAUCAUUUUCCUACUUAUGUUCACUGCUCUCUGUGUCGCUAUAGCACCUGCUGUUCUCGAGCUUAUGCCAAUCACAUGAUCAACAAUCAUGUUCCACGGAAGAGCUCCAAGUAUUUGGCUUUGUUUAAAAAUUCUGUGAGGGGAAUCAAGCUGACUUGCACUUCUUGUACCUUUGUUACCUUUGUGGGAGAUGCCAUGGCCAAGCAUUUGGUUUUCAACCCUUCUCACAGAUCCAGCAGCAUUCUGCCACGAGCACUCACUUGGAUAUCUCACUCAAGGCAUGGCCAGACUCGUGACCGAGUGAAUGACCAGAAUUUGAAGAAUAUGUACCCUCCUCCUUCCUUCCCCUCUAAUAAAGCUUCCACUGUGAAAUCUGCGGGGCCCACUCCAGCUGAGCCUGAAGAGCUACCAACACCCAUGGCCCAGGCACUCCCGUCACCAGUUUCAACUGCAACCCCACCACCAACCCCCACUAACCCCCAGCCAUUAGCCCUUCCACCCUUGGCUAUAGAGGGGGCCGAAUGUCUGAAUGUUGAUGAUCAGGAUGAAGGGAGCCCAGUCACCCAGGAACCUGAGCUAGCCUCAGGGGGUGGGAGUAGCAGUGGGAUUGGUAAGAAGGAGCAGCUGUCUGUGAAGAAGCUUCGAGUGGUACUGUUUGCCCUAUGCUGUAACACAGAACAGGCAGCUGAACACUUCCGAAACCCACAGCGACGCAUCCGCCGUUGGCUUCGGCGCUUCCAGGCCUCGCAGGGGGAGAAUCUGGAAGGCAAAUAUCUGAGCUUUGAGGCGGAAGAGAAACUGGCUGAGUGGGUGCUGACCCAACGAGAGCAACAGCUACCAGUAAAUGAGGAGACCUUGUUCCAGAAGGCCACCAAAAUAGGACGUUCUUUGGAGGGGGGGUUUAAAAUAUCUUACGAGUGGGCUGUGCGUUUUAUGCUGCGGCAUCACUUGACUCCCCAUGCCCGGCGUGCUGUGGCCCACACCCUACCUAAGGAUGUGGCAGAGAAUGCAGGACUCUUCAUUGAAUUUGUACAACGGCAGAUUCACAACCAGGACUUACCUUUGUCAAUGAUUGUGGCCAUUGAUGAGAUCUCCUUGUUUCUGGAUACAGAGGUAUUGAGCAGUGAUGACCGAAAGGAGAAUGCCCUGCAGACAGUGGGCACAGGGGAACCUUGGUGUGAUGUGGUGCUGGCCAUUCUGGCAGAUGGCACUGUCCUCCCCACCCUGGUUUUCUACCGAGGACAAGUGGAUCAGCCUGCUAAUGUACCAGACUCUAUAUUGCUAGAGGCAAAGGAAAGUGGCUAUAGUGAUGAUGAGAUCAUGGAGCUGUGGUCAACCCGAGUGUGGCAGAAGCACACCGCUUGUCAGCGCAGCAAAGGCAUGCUCGUGAUGGACUGUCAUCGCACUCACUUGUCAGAAGAGGUGCUGGCUAUGCUUAGUGCCUCUAGCACUUUGCCUGCAGUGGUCCCAGCAGGUUGUAGCUCCAAAAUCCAGCCAUUAGAUGUAUGCAUCAAAAGAACAGUCAAGAACUUCCUGCACAAAAAGUGGAAGGAGCAGGCUCGGGAAAUGGCAGAUACUGCAUGUGAUUCUGAUGUCCUGCUACAACUGGUAGUGGUCUGGCUGGCUGAGGUGUUGGCUGUCAUCGGGGACUGUCCAGAGCUAGUUCAGCGAUCUUUCCUUGUGGCUAGUGUUCUGCCUGGCCCUGAUGGCAACAUUAACUCACCUACAAGAAAUGCUGACAUGCAGGAGGAGCUAAUUGCCUCCCUAGAGGAGCAGCUGAAGCUGAGUGGGGAACAGUCUGAGGAGCACUCGGCUUCCACUCCCCGACCCAGGUCAUCUCCUGAAGAGACAACUGAGCCUGAAAGCCUUCACCAGCUCUUUGAGGGUGAAAGCGAGACCGAGUCCUUCUAUGGUUUUGAAGAAGCUGACCUAGAUCUGAUGGAGAUUUGAGUGUUAGGGUCUUGAGGGCGUGGGGGUGGGA